CUCUCACAUUGAAAGCCAAGCCAAAAGCUGCUUCUUCUUUUUUUCCCUUGCAUUUUCAUUUCUUUUGAGUUGGUCUUUAUAUUCAGAGCUUUCCUUCCUGCCCUUCUCCGUGUCCAAGAUUCAACAUUGUUUCAAGGUUGUCUAUAGGCCUACAAAUCAAGCGAACAUUAUUUGCAUCUGAAACACAACCGUAAAGGCAACUUCUUUGUCGAAAGCUUCGUGUUUCGGGCACAUAGUUAAAACAAAAGGAGGUGAUUUACUGCCUUGGUCAUAGAAGAAGUCAUGGAAGAGAGCUUCGUGCCAUUUUGCGGAAUCAAGAAUGAUCUUCAAGGGAGAUUGAAGUGUUACAAGCAGGACUGGACUGGUGGUUUCAAGGCGGGCUUCAGGAUUUUGGCUCCGACCACGUAUAUAUUUUUCGCAUCAGCAAUUCCAGUCAUUUCAUUUGGAGAGCAGUUGGAUAGAGAUACAGAUGGGGUUCUCACAGCUGUUCAGACCUUGGCUUCAACUGCAUUAUGUGGAAUUAUUCACUCCAUUAUUGGGGGUCAGCCUUUGCUGAUCCUCGGAGUGGCAGAGCCAACUGUAAUUAUGUAUACAUUUAUGUUCAAUUUUGCUAAAAACAUACCUGAUCUGGGAUCAAAGCUCUUCCUAGCAUGGAGUGGAUGGGUGUGUGUAUGGACUGCUAUCUUGCUCUUUCUGCUGUCUAUCUUAGGAGCAUGCUCGAUUAUUAGUAGAUUUACUCGUGUAGCAGGGGAAUUGUUUGGCCUUCUGAUUGCCAUGCUUUUCAUGCAGGAAGCUGUAAAAGGACUUGUCAAUGAGUUUGGUAUACCUAGAAGAGAGAAUCCAAAGUCAGUUGAGUUUCAACCUUCAUGGAGAUUUGCGAAUGGGAUGUUUGCUUUGGUACUAUCAUUUGGACUUCUGCUAGCUGGAUUAAGGAGCAGAAAAGCUAGGUCUUGGCGCUAUGGUUCUGGAUGGCUUCGAGGCUUUAUAGCAGAUUAUGGUGUGCCUUUGAUGGUUUUGGUCUGGACUGCUGUUUCUUAUAUACCAUCAGGAAGUGUUCCAAAAGGAAUCCCAAGGCGUCUUUUUAGCCCCAAUCCAUGGUCACCAGGCGCAUUUGAGAACUGGACUGUCAUGAAGGAUAUGCUAAAGGUGCCAGUUCUUUAUAUAAUUGGAGCUUUCAUUCCAGCAACAAUGAUUGCAGUCCUGUAUUAUUUCGACCACAGUGUAGCAUCUCAGCUUGCUCAACAGAGAGAAUUUAAUUUGAGAAAACCACCCUCUUUCCACUAUGAUCUACUUCUCUUGGGAUUUAUGGUCAUACUGUGUGGUCUUAUCGGAAUUCCUCCAUCAAAUGGUGUCAUUCCACAAUCUCCAAUGCAUACUAAGAGUUUAGCUACACUGAAGCACCAAAUACUUCGUAAUCGACUUGUGGCAACAGCACGCAAAUGUAUGGGUAAGGAUGCAAGUCUAGGGCAAGUGUAUGACAGCAUGCAAGAAGCUUAUCAACAUAUGCAGACCCCAUUAAUUUACCAAGAACCUUCUGCUCGGGGAUUAAAGGAGUUGAAAGAGUCAACAAUUCAGAUGGCAGCAAGCAUGGGAAAUAUUGAUGCCCCAGUAGAUGAGACAGUAUUUGACAUUGAGAAGGAGAUUGAUGAUUUAUUACCAGUUGAGGUGAAAGAACAGCGGCUCAGUAAUCUGCUUCAAGCUAUAAUGGUAGGAGGAUGUGUUGCGGCCAUGCCUUUCAUUAAGAAGAUCCCAACCUCAGUACUAUGGGGUUAUUUUGCAUUUAUGGCCAUUGAGAGCUUACCGGGUAAUCAGUUCUGGGAGCGCAUCUUACUGCUGUUCACUGCUCCAAGCCGGAGAUACAAAUUGCUGGAGGAGUACCAUACCAGUUUUGUGGAAAGCGUACCUUUCAAGACAAUUGCGAUAUUCACAUUUUUUCAGACUGCUUAUUUGCUCGUCUGUUUUGGCAUUACGUGGAUUCCAAUUGCUGGAGUUCUUUUCCCUUUAAUGAUCAUGCUUUUGGUUCCUGUGAGACAAUACAUUUUGCCCAAGUUUUUCAAAGCAGUGCACCUUCAGGAUUUGGAUGCAGCAGAAUAUGAAGAAAUUCCCGCUUUAUCAUUCAGUCUAGCAACUGAGGCAGAGAUGAGCAGGGCAGCUUCAUUUGCAGAUGAUGGAGAAAUUUUAGAUGGGAUCAUCACUCGAAGCAGAGGGGAGAUAAAACGCAUGUGCAGCCCCAGAGUGCCAAGUUCUGAUGCGACAGCAUCAAAGGAAUUCAGGAGCAUUCAGAGCCCACGGUUUUCCGAUAAGGUGUAUAGCCCUCGAGUUAGUGAAGUGCGAGGGGAUUAUAGUCCUCGAUUAGGUGGUGCUGGAAGAGGACCAUUUAGUCCGAGAAUUGGAGAAUCAAGAUUAUCAAAUUUAGGAAAAAGUGGUUAGAAUUUAAAAAAAAAAUAAAAAAUACAGGCGGGGAUUUUGAGGGGGGGAUCAGAAUUCCAUCAAUUAAGAAGUCAAUUGAUGGAACUCAAAAUUGUUUUGUUCAAAUGAAGUGUUAUUCUCUUGACCUCAAAAGGUAAUAAUCAGCAGCGAUCAUGUCCACAUUUAUCCA